AUGCUGUUUUCUGGAUUUACCGCCCUCGUGGCACUGCUCUCUAUAGGAGCAGUGCACUGCGAGGAUGAGACGAUAGGCCCGAUAUUCAUGAAAGAGCCCCCGAACCGAGUGGACUUCAGCAACACGACCGGGGCCGUAGUGGAAUGCGCCGCGCGGGGAUCCCCCGCCCCCGACGUCAUCUGGGUACGAGCUGAUGGGACCGCGGUUGGAGACGUGCCAGGACUGCGACAGGUUUUGCCGAACGGAAAUCUCGUCUUUCCACCGUUCCGCGCAGAGGAUUACCGUCAGGAGGUUCACGCUCAGGUCUAUGCUUGUCUGGCCAGGAAUCCAGUUGGUACUAUCCAUUCCCGUGACGUUAAUGUCAGAGCUGUGGUCCAACAACAGUAUGAAUCAGAGGUUAACAAUGAAUACGUCAUACGCGGUAAUUCAGCCAUUCUCAAGUGCUCGAUACCAUCGUUUGUGGCGGACUUUGUGAGUGUUGUCUCAUGGCAUGAUGAGUCCGACAACGCGUUUACCCCCGCCGAGAAUGAUGAACGGAAUGUUGUAAAUCAGUUUUACGAAGCAGAGAUUCUAACAGAAUACGUCAUACGCGGUAAUGCUGCGGUCUUAAAAUGCUCGAUUCCAUCGUUCGUAGCGGACUUUGUCAAAGUAGAAGCGUGGAUCGAUGAAGAAGGAACAGUAAUUACUUAUUCUGAAGACCUCGUUGUGUCACAGUAUUACGUGACCGAAGCCGAAAAUGAGUACGUGAUUAGAGGGAACGCUGCUAUUGUUCGAUGCAAGAUCCCGUCUUUCGUAAGCGACUUCGUGCAAGUGGAAGCUUGGAUUAUGGAUGACGGGCUAAUACUCACAAUGAAUCACACUAACAUAUCGGAUGUUGUAACACAAGCUUAUACCAUAAACCUAAUGGAGGAAAGCGUUUUACGUGGAAACGCCGCGGUGCUAAAAUGCCAUAUUUCGACAUUUGUGACUGAAUACGUUAGCGUGUCUUCUUGGAUCAUUUCCGAGGGUGAUAUAGAUGAAUUGGAGAUUAAAGCAGAGUCUAAUGAAUGGGAGGGUAAAUACCUAGUUCUUCCAUCUGGAGAGUUACAUAUCCGUGAUGUUGGACCCGAGGAUGGUUACAAAUCGUACCAAUGUCGUACUAAGCAUAGACUCACCGGAGAGACUCGGUUAUCUGCUACGAAAGGACGCCUGGUUAUUACAGAGCCUAUAGGGCGCGUGCCACCUAAACUGUCAACAACCCAAGUGAGCAUCACUUUCACGACGACGUUGGAUACGUCAUUUACGUUACUCUGCCCCGCGCAGGCCUUUCCUGUCCCCAUAUUCAGGCUCAAGCGUAUCCUGUUCCAAUAUUCAGAACCGGUUACCGCUAGAGCUCCGGCUUUUCCAACGACCGCGUCGUCUUACAAUUAUGAUAUUGAAGCGAAUUCUGGUGGUUCAAUGCUUUGUCAGGCACAGGGGUACCCUCAUCCGAUGUUCAGGAAAGAUUCAACUAAGCACUUUGAAGGUUGGGAGGUUCACUUCGUGUCGCGGCGCGAUGUAGCAUAUCUUACGUGUCAAGUCUCUGCGUACCCCGUGCCCGUGUUUAGAUGGUACAAGUUUAUCGACGGUACAACCAGGAAACAACCAGUUGUUUUGAACGACAGAGUAAAACAAGUGUCUGGAACAUUGAUCAUUAAGGAAGCCAAAGUUGAGGACUCUGGAAAAUAUUUGUGCGUAGUUAACAACUCCGUUGGCGGUGAAUCUGUUGAGACAGUACUUACUGUGACCGCACCUCUUAAGGCUACUGUUGAGCCCGCCACCCAAACCGUUGAUUUUGGCAGACCCGCUGUGUUCACGUGCCGUUAUGAGGGCAACCCCGUAAAAACUAUUACCUGGCUGAAGGACGGAAAGGACAUGAACCAUCACGACACCAUCUUAAGGAUUGAAUCUGUUAAGAAAGAGGACAAGGGCAUGUACCAGUGUUUCAUCAGGAACGAUCAAGAGAGUGCCGGUGCAAGUGCUGAACUUAAACUCGGUGGACGAUUCGAACCGCCCCUAAUCCGGCACAGCUUCGGCGAGCAGACCCUCAGGUCGGGCCCCUCCUUGAGGCUGAAGUGCGUCGCCUCCGGAAACCCGACCCCCGACAUCGCGUGGCUCCUGGACGGCGAGAAGCUGAGCAGCGGCGAGCGCCUUCAGAUCGGACAAUUCGUCACCGCCGACGGCAACGUCGAAUCCCACCUUAACAUCUCCUCGGUGCACACCAACGACGGCGGACUGUACUCCUGCAUCGCGUCCAGCAAGGUCGGCAGCGCCUCCCACGCGGCGCGCGUCAACGUCUACGGCCUGCCUUACGUGCGCCCGAUGAAGAAGCGGCCGGUCGUGGCAGGAGACACCCUUAUCGCCCACUGCCCUGUCGCCGGCUACCCCAUCGAGUCCAUCGUCUGGGAACGCGACAACCGCGUGCUGCCUAUAAACCGAAAACAGAAGGUCUUCCCCAACGGCACCCUGGUGAUUGAGAACGUGGAACGUAUGAGUGACCAAGCCACCUACACCUGCGUCGCCAAGAACUCCCAAGGAUACACCGCCAAAGGAACGCUCGAACUUCAAGUCAUGGUGCCGCCGCAAAUACUGCCGUUCGAGUUCGGCGGCGAGCCAGCCAACGCCGGCGACCUUGCCUCGGUCACGUGCGCGGUCAACAAGGGCGACCAGCCCCUAAACAUUAGCUGGACCCUCAACGGGCAGCCGCUGAGGAACGAGCUCGGCGUAACCCUGACCGGCAUCAACAAAAAGACCUCGAUACUGAACAUCGAUUCCGUUGCCGCGAUCCACCGGGGCGUGUACUGCUGUGUGGCAAGCAAUCAGGCCGGCUCCGCUAACCACAGCGCUGUACUCGAAGUCAACGUUCCUCCGCAAAUCACUCCGUUCGAAUUCGGCGAGGAGAUACUGAACGAGGGCGAAACGGCCUCCGUGUCUUGCGUUAUGAGUAAAGGCGAUCUUCCAGUCACGUUCAAGUGGCUUUUCAAUGGGGAGGAGAUAAGACCACAUAACCCCCUGAGCAUCGUACUCACGACGAUCAGCAAGAAAACCUCCAUACUUAACAUAGAAGCGGUCAACUACGCUCACCGUGGUUCAUACACUUGCCAGUUAAAAAAUGCGGCCGGCGAAACCAACCACACCACGUUGCUUAGUGUUAAUGGU